UUUCAGAAAUGCGGCACGUACGGACAAGAGCUUUUUUGCCUUUCUAUCAAUUUAUGCAACAAGAUGGAAGGCAUGAAGCCAGCAUUCUGCGGUAACUACUUUACUCUUGAGAUGCCUAUUUAUUCCAUAAAAGAAUCGAAAUCAAACGGCAUUCAAUUCCUUCGCAAGCUUUAUUUUCAAAACUACCGAGACAUGUACACGCACAGCGCAUGCAACUAUAAAUGUGUUUUUGGUUGUCGACGAAUGGGGUAUGAUAAGAGGAUAAUGACGGAAUUGUUGAUUCGUAAUAUAUCUGGCCUGCACCUGUAUCAGUGCGACAGCGUGCAUUCUUGGGUCUUCAUCGCAGUUGUGAUCGUUGUAUUCAUCAUCCUUUUGAUCCUCACAACAUUUUUUGUGAGAAGUGAAAUGUCGAGCAUUCGUGGUACCCACUUUCAAGCUUUGUUCUAACGCAAUUCGUUAUUUACGCAUGGCUGGAUGCUGUGAAAAUCGGUGGGAAUCAUCUACAUAUUUCAGGAACCACAAAAGAAGUAAACGUGCGACACUGA